AUUCGCCCGCGAGCCGCCGAGCAGCGAACACCCCAAACAAUCCCCAGCGCCGCCGCCAAAUUAAAUAACCCCGACCCGCCCGCGCCCCGCGCCCCCUCCGCGCCCACAGCCCGGCACCGGCCGGGACGGGCGCGCAGCCGGCGAGCCGCGCCGGGGAUACGGGAGCGGAGCUGCGCGCCGGGGCCUCCUCGCUGCCUACGCCGACACUGGGCAAGAAGUUGUCUGCUACAAAGGAAGAAAGAAAAGUAAGCUUGCACUUCAGACUGCUUUUUGACUAUCUUUCUAAUACAGUGGUGCUCCAGAAGAUGAUAAAGAAAUGAUAGCAGCUCCAGAAAUACCAACUGAUUUUACUCUCCUUCAGGAGUCUGAAACACACUUCUCUUCUGAUACAGACUUUGAGGAUAUUGAAGGAAAAAGCCAAAAGCAAGGCAAAGGCAAAACUUGUAAAAAAGGAAAAAAAGGACCAGCAGAGAAGGGAAAAAGUGGAAACGGAGGAGGGAAACCCAGUGGUCCGAAUCGGAUGAAUGGACAUCACCAACAGAAUGGUGUGGAAAACAUGAUGCUCUUUGAAGUAGUGAAAAUGGGCAAGAGUGCUAUGCAGUCAGUAGUGGAUGACUGGAUAGAGUCAUACAAACAUGACCGAGAUAUAGCACUUCUUGAUCUCAUUAACUUCUUUAUUCAGUGUUCAGGCUGCAAAGGAGUUGUUACAGCAGAGAUGUUCCGACAUAUGCAGAAUUCUGAAAUAAUCCGAAAAAUGACUGAAGAAUUUGAUGAGGAUAGUGGAGAUUAUCCACUAACUAUGGCUGGCCCCCAAUGGAAAAAGUUCAAAUCCAGUUUUUGUGAGUUCAUUGGAGUACUCGUCCGACAAUGUCAAUAUAGCAUCAUAUAUGAUGAAUAUAUGAUGGAUACUGUCAUUUCCCUGCUUACGGGGCUGUCAGACUCACAAGUCAGAGCCUUUCGGCACACUAGCACACUGGCAGCCAUGAAACUGAUGACUGCUUUAGUGAAUGUGGCAUUAAAUCUAAGUAUUAACAUGGACAACACACAGCGGCAGUAUGAAGCAGAACGAAAUAAAAUAAUUGGGAAAAGAGCUAAUGAUAGGCUGGAACUCUUACUACAGAAGAGGAAGGAGCUUCAAGAAAAUCAGGAUGAAAUAGAAAACAUGAUGAAUGCAAUAUUUAAAGGUGUUUUUGUGCAUAGAUACCGAGAUGCAAUUGCUGAAAUAAGAGCCAUCUGCAUUGAGGAGAUUGGAAUAUGGAUGAAAAUGUACAGUGACGCCUUCCUCAAUGACAGCUACUUAAAAUAUGUGGGGUGGACUAUGCAUGACAAGCAAGGAGAAGUAAGACUCAAAUGCCUAACUGCUUUGCAAGGGCUUUACUAUAAUAAGGAGCUUAAUUCCAAAUUGGAACUCUUCACCAGUCGGUUCAAGGAUAGAAUUGUGUCUAUGACUCUUGACAAAGAAUAUGAUGUUGCAGUCCAAGCAAUAAAAUUACUCACUCUUGUUUUACAGAGUAGUGAAGAAGUUCUGACAGCAGAAGACUGUGAAAAUGUCUACCACCUGGUUUAUUCAGCUCAUCGGCCAGUAGCAGUUGCCGCAGGGGAAUUUCUUUAUAAAAAGCUUUUCAGCCGCAGAGAUGCUGAAGAUGAUGGAAUACUGAAAAGGAGGGGAAGACAAAGUCCAAAUGCUAAUCUUGUGAAGACAUUAGUGUUUUUCUUCUUGGAAAGUGAAUUGCACGAACAUGCUGCUUAUCUUGUGGACAGCAUGUGGGACUGUGCAACAGACCUCUUGAAGGACUGGGAAUGUAUGAACAGUCUUCUGCUGGAGGAGCCUCUCAAUGGAGAAGAACCUUUAACAGACAGACAGGAAAGCGCACUGAUUGAAAUCAUGCUUUGUACAAUUCGGCAGGCGGCUGAAUGUCAUCCUCCUGUGGGAAGAGGAACAGGGAAAAGGGUGCUGACAGCAAAGGAAAAGAAGACCCAAUUGGAUGACAGGACAAAAAUUACUGAGCUUUUUGCAGUGGCACUUCCUCAGUUGCUAGCAAAGUAUUCUGUAGAUGCAGAAAAAGUCACCAACUUACUGCAGUUGCCACAGUACUUUGAUUUGGAAAUUUAUACAACAGGGCGAUUAGAAAAGCAUUUGGAUGCCUUACUGCGACAAAUUCGGGAUAUUGUGGAGAAGCACACAGAUAUAGAUGUUUUGGAAGCCUGUUCAAAAACCUACCAUGCUCUCUGUAAUGAAGAAUUCACAAUCUUUAACAGGGUUGACAUUGCAAGAAGUCAGUUAAUAGAUGAAUUGGCAGACAAGUUUAAUCGACUUCUUGAGGAUUUCCUGCAAGAGGGGGAGGAACCUGAUGAAGAUGAUGCAUAUCAAGUCUUGUCAACACUGAAGAGAAUCACUGCUUUUCACAAUGCUCAUGACCUAUCAAGAUGGGACUUGUUUGGCUGCAACUACAAGCUAUUGAAAACUGGCAUUGAAAAUGGAGACAUGCCAGAACAGAUUGUUAUUCAUGCACUGCAGUGUACUCAUUAUGUAAUCCUUUGGCAGCUAGCGAAAGUUACUGAAAGCAGUUCCACAAAGGAGGAUCUUCUACGUCUGAAGAAGCAGAUGAGAGUGUUCUGUCAAAUCUGUCAACACUACCUGACCAAUGUAAAUACUGCUGUUAAGGAACAGGCUUUCACAAUUCUGUGUGAUGUGUUGAUGAUCUUCAGCCAUCAGAUUAUGACAGGAGGACGUGACAUCUUGGAGCCACUUGUUUACACUCCUGAUUCUUCCUUGCAAUCUGAACUACUCAGUUUUAUUUUAGAUCAUGUCUUCAUUGAUCAGGAUGAUGAUAAUAAUAGUGCGGAUGGACAGCAGGAUGAUGAAGCCAGCAAAAUUGAAGCAUUACACAAAAGAAGAAACCUCCUUGCAGCUUUCUGUAAGCUCAUUGUAUAUACUGUGGUGGAAAUGAACACAGCCGCCGACAUUUUCAAGCAAUAUAUGAAGUAUUACAAUGACUAUGGUGAUAUUAUUAAAGAAACGAUGAGUAAAACAAGGCAGAUAGAUAAAAUCCAGUGUGCUAAAACACUUAUUCUUAGUUUGCAGCAGCUCUUCAAUGAAAUGAUUCAAGAAAAUGGUUAUAAUUUUGACAGAUCAUCACCAACAUUCAGUGGUAUAAAGGAGCUUGCUCGACGUUUUGCUUUAACAUUUGGAUUGGAUCAGUUGAAAACAAGAGAAGCUAUUGCUAUGUUACACAAGGAUGGCAUAGAAUUUGCUUUUAAGGAGCCUAAUCCACAAGGUGAGAGCCACCCACCAUUAAAUUUGGCAUUUCUCGAUAUUCUCAGUGAGUUCUCCUCGAAACUUCUCAGACAAGACAAAAGAACAGUGUAUGUUUACUUGGAGAAGUUCAUGACCUUUCAGAUGUCUCUACGAAGAGAAGAUGUGUGGCUUCCUCUCAUGUCCUACCGAAACUCUUUAUUAGCCGGUGGGGAUGAUGAUACCAUGUCAGUGAUUAGUGGAAUCAGUAGUCGAGGAUCUACAGUAAGAAAUAAGAAGACAAAGCCAGCAACAGGCAAGCGGAAAGUACCUGAAGCUGAAGAAAGCAGCAGUAGUGACAGUAUGUGGCUGAACAGGGAGCAGUCAAUGCACACACCAGUCAUGAUGCAGACACCUCAGCUCACUUCCACAAUAAUGAGGGAGCCCAAGAGAUUGCGACCCGACGAGAACUACAUGGGUGUCUAUCCUAUGCAGCCCGAGCACCACCAACCGCCGCUCGACUACAACACGCAAGUAACGUGGAUGUUGGCUCAAAGGCAACAGGAAGAAGCCGCGCGACAACAACAGGAGAGGGCAGCGAUGAACUACGUCAAGCUGAGAAGCAACUUGCAACACGCCAUUCGACGUGGCACAAGUCUAAUGGAAGAUGAUGAAGAGCCAAUUGUUGAAGAUGUGAUGAUGUCAUCAGAAGGGCGGAUUGAAGAUCUUAAUGAAGGCAUGGAUUUUGACACCAUGGACAUAGACCUACCACCAUCAAAGAACAGGAGGGAACGAACGGAACUAAAACCAGAUUUCUUUGACCCCGCUUCAAUCAUGGAUGAAUCGUUUUAGGUCCAAAACAUCCGAAGUCUGUAGUUUCUGCUUGCAGUUGCCCUUUUAUCCGACUUGAUAAAUCUGCAGUCUCUAUUCUCUUUUAAAAAUCUGCAUGAGGGAUUCCUUCUGUCUUGAACCACUUGUAAAGUAUGCAGCCAUUUUUGACCUUGGGUAGCUGGUACAAAAUUACACUGGAAAUAACAAGCUGCAGCAAGCCAGCAGAGGACAGUACAACAAGGCUUCCUGGGAAUCUUGGACAGCUUGGUGGAAUUUGGAAGAUGGUUAUGUAUUUUUUUACAGUAUUGUUGCAGCGUGAACCUCUUCUUGUUUAUGGCAGAAAGAAGUCCUAAAUACUGUUUUAAAUGCAAAACCAUAUAUUUUGUACCAGUAGGGCUUUGCUUUAGUAAUAAUGAAUCAGUUAGGUUGUGCGUCUGGCUGUUGUGUGUUCUUUUCCUGAAUUAACACCAAGAAAAAAUCUCGCCUGUUCUCUGACAUUCUGUUUCACAAUAGUUCUUCCCCUCCUCUACUCAAUUUUUCCUGGACUGAUGUGUGAAAUGCCAGUCACUUUUUAGUCUGACAGUGCUGAAGCCGCGGCCUUCCCCAGGUGGCACUAAUGGAUUUGAGAGCCCCGUAGCUCCCCCAGGCCCGGCCGGGCCGCCCUGGCGCGCUGAGGGCCGCGGCGCAGUGCGCGAGAGCGGCCGCGCGGGGGCAGCCGCGGGCAGCGCCGGGCGGGGCCGGCACGGGCAAACGAGCGCCCCUCACGGAGCCGGGGCUCACCUGACAGGCCGCGCUCAGUGUAAAAACCAUUGCACAAAUGCAAACAAUUCUCAGAAUAAAGGUAAUUCGCUUUAUUCAUGUAAUUUAUUUCAGAGGGCCCUUAUUCUCGGAGUUGUUGCACUUGUUUUUAAUAGGUGUAGGCAUAAUAGAGCUGUUUAAUUUAUUCAGAUGCACAUGGUUUAUGACUAGACUUCUAGUCCGAUGUGCCCAGUUAUUGCUGGCACCAGAGGCAGUUCUGUCUGUGUGCUCUGUUGUAGGAAGCACCCAAAGUGAAUAUAAUUCAAAGAACAGUAAAAAUUUAUUUGUAAGCAGAUAAAUAUGGACAGAGUGUUAAGGCUCAGGAAUAUUUGAUCUGUUUUGGCUCUUGCUGAUUUUAUAAAGUCUUACAAAAGCUAGGACAGUCACAAAAUCUGGAUUUUUUUGGGGUUUUUUGGUGCAUCAUUGGUCGUACAUACUUCCAUUGGCAUAGAAAGCUGUAUGGCUUGUUCUCACAUGGGAAGUGGAAACUGACACUUUGUUUCAGGAAGCUUUUUCUUUCCCUAGUUACACAAUCUCCUGAAGUACAGUUGCUUGAUUUUACCUGAUGAUUGUUUGAUUUUUCACUGUCUUCCUGACAGAGUGAAUACAUUUCCUAGGAAAUGUUAAAUAUGUGUCCUGGUUGGCUGAUGUGGGAUGGCCUGUGGUUUCUGUGAUCACAGACACAGCAGCAGCCAGUGUCUGAAGUGUUUUGUCCCAGGUUUAGUCACUGGUAAUAACAUAUUUGAUUUCAGGUUAGAGCCAAUAGAAUGUCAAAGAAAUCUGAGUUAGGCACCUAACUAAAAAUUAUUCUGCAGUUAUUACCUAAAAUAAUUAAAACACAGACUAUUCCUACUAGAUCUAGUUAAUUUCAAGUGUGAGAAAAAUAUUUCUAAUGAAUGAGGAGCCCUUUUCAUAUUAUUACCUAAAUCAGAAGUGUGGUUAAUCUGGUUUGGAAGAAAAAUAAACUUAAUAAUGCCUUAACAUAUCUUGAAGUGUCUUAAUCUUAAAUUAUAUACUAAUUGCUUUGUUAUUUGUUAAAUGUGUAUUAGACUACAAAUUGACACCAUUUCUAACUUUUUUUUUAGGUUCUUGGGGUGUCAAUGUUUUAAUACCAGAGCAGCAAAUAAAUCAGUGGUGAAGUCAUUUUCUAAGUGGAAGAGGAAGUUUUUCAAUACAAAAUUGUGGUAGAUACAGUGAAAUUCUGAACAGAUUUUUCUCUAAGGAGAAUGACAUGCUUUCAAGAUCAAGUGCAUUGAAGGGGCAGUUUUGUUUGCCUGAAAGAAAAAAAGAAAUGUAAAGGACAAGUAAACAAUUUGAGGAUAAGCUACAGUUUUUGUUGGGAAAAAAUUCCAAUAUUUUAUUUAUGUGCUAUCAGUUUAUUUCUGGAUCAUAAGAAGUAUUCCCUCUGAGUUUUAAUCUUAACAGUCUGAGAGGUGUUUGGUACAGAUUUGAGCCCCUCUCUAUACAUUUGCUGGCUAUACUAAAUAAUCAUGAGCUCUGCUGGAUUGCUGUUCAUGUCCAUGAGCUGUAAUAGUAGAUGGAUUGGUUUUCUCACAGUGUAGAACGAACCAGAAGAGUUGUCAGUAUUUUCAAUUAAAUGCAAACUUCAGCAACAGAUGGUUUGUAUCAAUUAAUCAUGGAAAAAAACACAUAAAGCAGAAUUUUAACAGCUUUUUAAUCUAAAACACACUUUUUAUUCCAAAAGCUUCAUGUUAGCCUUCUCAGAAAGGUCCAUAACCUGUAAGCUACCAGAACGUAACAGAUUUCACUCUUGCUUGCCCAUUACCAACCCUGAAAGUUUGCUUGUCCUUUAAGAAAAAUGUAAUGUUGUGAAAUUCCUUCCAGUAGUGCCACUGUAUUUUGUCUCCAAAUAAAAGAAGCUUAUUGUAGUAUGUUUGCAGAAAAAUUCUAAACAAAAAUUAUACAGCUUAUUAGAGUGUGGGAAUAGGGAUCUAAAUUUUAAAUAAAAUUAUAUAUAUAUAUAAAUUGGUGCUGAUUUUAUAAUUGCGCAGUUUGUUUAGUUUUUUCUUACUUUUAAAUUCCAACUUAAAAUUAUGAGGUUUCAGAAAUAUAUUGAAAGUUUAACAAUGUUUAAAAAUAGAAGAGCAUGAGAAUUCAUGCUUUAAAAAUGAUUUUUAAAUUUGUAUUUUAUAUUGUUUUAUCUAUCUGUCUUUGCAAGCAGUCUUCAGGUUAAAGAUACUUCUAACAGGUUACAGUACAUUUCCUCUAUAUGUAAAUUAGAUUGGAUAAUAGAAACUCAUAAACAACCCAUAAUAUCCUUUGAAAGCUAAGCUUUAAAUUUCAUUUUGUGUCCAUUCACAAAUAAAUUAAAUUUGGUCUAAAACAGAAAGUGGAUCUAUGCCAUUUUGACAUUGACUCAUUUUGCAAGGCUUAGGCAGCUAGACAUCAUUUUAAAGGAAAUAUUAACUUAUAUUACAUAUGUAUAUUUUUUGUCAGUUGUCUCUCAGUUCUUGAGGUAUAUUAUUUUAAUCAUUCCAUGCCUUAAUACGCUUGCAAUACAAGAAUCUCCCCAAAUGGGUGAAUACAAAAAGGCUUCCUGUUUUUAGACUCAGAAAUUAAACAUUCGGCUGUGGUAGCCAAAAACCAUAGAUUAUCUAAAGGAUCAUGAUAAAAUAUAAUUAUUUUACUAGGUCAUGGGGUAACAACAAAAUGAAAACUAGAUCUGCCUAACUCAUUUUACAUAAAUAAAUACUCUCAUGUCUAAAAGUACUGCCUAUAUUGUUUUCCACACCACUGCAUUUAAUAGAACUGCUGAGAGGACUGUAUAUAUGAUUUUAAACUUAAGUUGAUUUUUCUUACUCUUGAAGGAGUGUUUCUUUGUGAAAGCAGUUCUUACAGCUUUGUUUUCAACCAGCUAAAAAUGUUUUAUAUAUUUACCUUAACCUGUUGUCCUCCACAUUCUAUUGUCCUAAUUGUACUGUUUUCUGAUUUGUAUUUAUGUCUUGAGACAGUAACUUUUUGAAUAAAAAUAAACCUACAGUAUGUUGUAUGUUUGAUCUUUUUAAAUUGGGGUUAUGGGAGGACAGUGAAGAAAGGGGUAUGAGUAAUGCAAAUGUUAUGUUUAUAGAAAUCAAAACCUUUUUCCAUGUCUUUUAAGUGUUUGUCUCAGAGUUGGGAUAAUGUAUGAAAAACUGCACUGUUUUAUAUUUGUAAUAAAUUGUACAAGUUUUUAAAAUGUGAAUAAAGCACUAAUUGGGUAAUAAUUUAAAGCAGAAAAGUUAAUGCAAUCAUGAUUGUUUUAAAUAUGCUUUAAUUUGAGAUAAACUUGUUAAAAGAAUUAGUGUAAAUACAGAGUGAGCUUUUGAAGAGGUUAGUACCUGCAAAUAAAAUUUUUAAAAUUUGUAUAGAA